GCAUUAGAGACAUGGAUACAGAGGUACCGUGCUCAGACAGCGCUGGAAGGUGCUCACAGCUCGUAGCAUAAAAGAAAGAGAAAGGCACGGAUGAAAGGCAUCGGUCUUUGUUAUAAAACAGCAUCCCCAGUUGACUGCGAGCCGCCCUCGGAGGUCAGUGAGGAGUUUCAGUUCACGGUGUCUCACACUGCAGAGAAUACUUUAAGCAAGAAAUCCCAGUCCAUCUGCACCCACCCAGAGAUGCAGAUUCUCCUCUCAAAUCCCUGCCCGUAGUGGAGCACAAAGAGAACGGCGAGACUCCCACCUCCUUCCAUGAGAAGAAAGGAAUCGGCAGAGCAGAUUAAUACGGACUUGUGUCUGGUGGCCUUCCUGGAACAAAAGCGGCCUUUUUUUUAAAAAAAAAAAAAGGAAAAAAAGGGGGGCCGGGGGGCAGCCCCAGUAGUGUUUAAUGAGCUGUGAGAUGAGGCGCUGCUCCUAACAGUCAGAUUCCGAGAUUCACCGGCUAUUCAUUGUGCUUAAUGUACAUGUUUCUGCACAGUGCUUUUAGAAGAGCCCAAAAGGAGAUCCAAAACGGCUGCGGGAGAAAGAUCACCAAACAUGCCUACAGAAACACUACCGACAGGUAGCAUGGUGAAACCCGUCGGGCCGGCGGUCGUCCCCUUCACCUCCGCCGUCCCCCUGCGCAUCCUGAACAAAGGACCGGACUAUUUCCGCAGGCAGGCGGAGCCCAAUCCCAAAAGACUGAGCGCCGUAGAGAGGCUGGAGGCCGACAAGGCCAAAUACGUCAAGAGCCAGGAGGUCAUCAACGCCAAGCAGGAGCCCGUGAAGCCGGCUGUGCUGGCGAAGCCGCCCGUGUGCCCCGCGGCCAAGCGGGUGCUGGGCAGCCCCACCCUGAAAGUGUUGAACAACCACGCCAAGACCGAGAGCGGGGUGCAGCGGGAGAACCUGAAGCUGGAGAUCCUGAAGAACAUCAUCAACAGCUCGGAGGGGUCCAGCUCGGCUUCCGGCCACAAGCACGGCUCCCGGAACUGGGCCGCGCACCGGGCGGACUCCUCCGAACUCAACCGGCACUCGUUCGCCGAGUCACUCAAGGCCUCCCCGGACCAGGGCCGGAGCAGCCCGCAGGAGGGUGGGCUCCGCGCCGGCCGGAGGCUGCUCGACAAGUCGGCCGAGUCCUUCCUGCACGUCUCCCAUAGCUCGUCGGACAUUCGCAAAGUGACCAGCGUCAAGCCCUUGAAGGCGCCGGCCUGCAGCGGCUCCGCCCCGCCCCUGCCACCCAAGCCCAAGGUGGCCACCGUGGCCACCCUCAAGUCCCCAGAGAUGGACGCGGGGGAGGCCGGCUGCGGGGUGGGCCGGCGGCCCUCCCUGCAGAGGUCCAAAUCGGACUUGAGCGACAGGUACUUCCGCGUCGAUGCCGACGUGGAGAGGUUCUUUAACUACUGCGGGGUGGAUCCCGAAGAGCUGGAGAACCUCGGCAUGGAGAAUUUUGCAAGGGCUAACUCUGACAUCAUCUCGCUCAACUUUCGCAGUGCAAGCAUGAUCAGCUCAGACUGUGAACAGUCUCAGGACAGCAACAGUGACCUUAGAAACGACGACAGUGCCAAUGACCGGGUGCCCUACGGCAUUUCUGCCAUUGAGAGAAAUGCCCGAAUCAUCAAGUGGUUAUAUAGCAUCAAGCAAGCUAGAGAGUCACAAAAAGUGUCCCAUGUGUGA